AUGAGAAGAACAAGAGCCACAACAAAACCAAGCAGGACUGUGCAUAAAAUUACAAUGUCACAGCUCAAGGACCUUCUCCAAGCCGACCCCGGUAUUCCCAGACAUGGAGCGACCGAGCCGUAUUGGCUUCAUGUUAAACACCAUCUGGCUUCAGUCCAGUCCGAAGCCCUUCCAGAACAAACUGAUAUUGUCGUCAUCGGUUCAGGUAUCACUGGAACUAGUGUUACGAAGUCAUUGCUCCAAGAUCCGGCCCAAAUCUCGCAGAGGAUCACAGUCCUUGAAGCACGGACACUAUGCUCCGGUGCCACAGGUCGUAAUGGUGGUAACUUAUUGACCUAUGGGGGUAUUAUCUAUGGGAAGUUGAAAUCGAUAUACGGAAAAGACUUGGCGCUCAAGAUAGUCGAAUUCACCAUCGACACAAUUCAAGAGACACGUAAAGCAGUGGAGGAAUACGCUGCUGAGGAAUCGGAGCUGCGCAGUGUGACAAGAGUUCACUCUUUCAGAGACAGUGAGCUGUUUGAAGCCGCCAAAAAGAGUGUAAGUCAGUACCAGAGUGAUCUGCCUCAAUAUGGUAGCUCUUAUUCUAUUAUCACUGGUGAGGAAGCAGCAAAGGACUACGAUAUCCAUGGUGUGGUAGGGGCUAUUCUCUUUUCGGGAUAUUCGCUCUGGCCAUACAGAUUCAUCAUGAAAGUCUGGGAAGCCCUAUUCAAGGAAUUCUCGUCUAGAUUAACAAUUGAAGCGAACACGCCGGCACUGAAAAUUGAAUAUGAUCCCAGUGUCCCAUCUCAUCCAUACAUCAUCGAAACCCCCCGCGGCCAGCUGCGAGCCUCGAAAGUGAUCCACUGCACAAACGGAUAUUCCAGUCAUCUACUUCCCGGACUCCGCGGUCUCAUCUUUCCCUGCCUCGAAUCGAUGACCGUACAAGACCUUCAUGUGCGCCGACGCGAGUCAAGAUGCUGGGCGAUACUCCAAAAGCCAACGCACGAUCCUCAAUCCGGUGCUAAAACCACGGAGCUCUUGUAUAUGCAACAGAAUUCAAAAUCGGGACAUUACUUCAUUGGCGGGGGCUACAGCACCGCAGCGGAGGUUAUCAGUGCCAAUGAUGCGGCGCUUAACGCGAGAUCGACUGCUUAUCUUCAGUCAACGCUUCAUGAGUUUCUCAAUACUGAGCCAGGUUCAGAAGACCUUGUCAGUGAAUGGACGGGAGUGCAGGGGAUGACUUCAGAUCAUAUGCCUGUGGUCGGUCGGCUUUCGGGGAAACAGACUGGUCGGUCGGGGGAUGGGGAGUGGAUUGCAGCGGGUUAUAACGGAGGUGGAAUGUGUAUGUGCUGGCGCAUGGGCGAAGUGAUGAAGAAGAUGAUUCAAGAGAAAGAACCGCCCCAGUGGCUGCCUGAGGUAUUUUUGCUGUCUCAGCAGAGGAUGGAGCGAAGUCUCACGGUCGAGAAUUCGGUGCAUUCUGCUAGCUACUUGCUACCUGACGAAACACCUGGUGAUAAUUAA